AUGCCCACACCUACGAUAGCUGAUUUCGAAAAAAUUGCACAAGAAUUUUAUGAAAAUUGGAAUUUUCCAAAUUGUGUCGGGAGUAUAGACGGCAAACAUAUUCGGAUAAAAUGUCCAAAAAAAUCUGGUAGUAUGUUCUUCAAUUAUAAACAGUUUUACUCUAUUGUUUUGAUGGCUGUUGCAGACGCAAAUUAUAAAUUUAUUAUGAUUGACGUCGGAUCUUAUGGAAAAAAUAGCGAUGGAGGUAUACCAAAUUCAAAUAUUUUAAAACCUCUUGAAAAUAAAACUUUGAAGCUACCUUAUCCUAAAAAACUACCAAAUUCGAACUUAAUUGGUCCAUAUACUUUCAUUGAUGAUGAAGCAUUUCCUUUGCGAACAUACAUGAUGCGACCAUACCCAAGAAGGUUACUAAAUGAUGAAAAUAAAAAUUACUUUAAUUAUAGACUAUCCAGAGCACGAAUGACAAUAGAAUGUGCUUUCGGUAUAGCAGCAGCAAAGUUUAGAAUUUUGCAGAGGUCUAUAGAGACAAAGGUAGACAAUGCUGAUCACGUUGUAAAAGCAAUAUGUAUGCUGCACAAUGUGAUUAUAUAUUUGGAAAAAAAAGGAGUAGGAACAGCAAAUUAUAUGGACUCAGAUAUAUCAAACCAAAUGCAUAAUUUAUCCAGCGAUUUAGCAGUUAGUGUGAGAAAUAACAAAACAUCCAGAGCAGCAGAGAAUAUAAGAAAUAGUACAUGA